AUGGAGCGCACGGAGCUGAUGGAGCAAACGGAGCCAAUGGAGCAAACGGAGAUGAUGGAGCAAACGGAGCCGAUGGAGCCCAUGGAGCCGACGGUGCGCACGGGGCAGAUGGUGCAAACGGGGCCGAUGGAGCAAACGGAGCCGAUGGAGCGAACGGAGCCGAUGGAGCGCAAGGAGCAGCUGGAGCAAACGGGGCCGAUGGAGCGCACGGAUCCGAUGGAGCAAACGGAGCCGAUGGGGCAGUUGGACACGACGGAGCGAACGGAGCCGAUGGAGCGCAGGGAGCAGCUGGAGCAAACGGGGCCGAUGGAGCGCACGGAGCUGAUGGAGCAAACGGAGCCGAUGGGGCAGUUGGACACGACGGAGCGAACGGAGCCGAUGGAGCGCAGGGAGCUGAUGGAGCGCACGGAGCAGAUGGAGCGAACGGAGCUGAUGGAGCGAACGGAGCCGAUGGGGCAGUUGGACACGACGGAGCGAACGGAGCCGAUGGAGCGCAGGGAGCAGCUGGAGCAAACGGGGCCGAUGGAGCACACGGAGCCGAUGGAGCAAACGGGGCCGAUGGGGCAGUUGGACACGACGGAGCGGUCGGAGCUGAUGGAGCGCAAGGAGCAGAUGGAGCAAACGGAGCCAAUGGAGCGCACGGAGCCGAUGGUGCGAACGGGGCUGAUGGAGCAGUCGGACACGAUGGAGCGGUUGGAGCUGAUGGAGCAAACGGGGCCAUUGGGGCAGUUGGACACGACGGAGCGGUCGGAGCUGAUGGAGCGCAUGGAGCUGAUGGAGCGCACGGAGCCGAUGGAGCAAACGGGGCUGAUGGAGCAAGCGGGGCCGAUGGAGCGCACGGAGCUGAUGGAGCAAACGGGGCCAAUGGAGCGCACGGAGCCGAUGGAGCGAACGGGGCUAGUGGAGCAGUCGGACACGACGGAGCGGUCGGAGCUGAUGGAGCGCACGGAGCAGAUGGAGCUAACGGAGCUGGUGGAGCAAACGGGGCCGAUGGAGCGCACGGAGCAGAUGGAGCAAACGGGGCCGAUGGGGCAGUUGGACACGACGGAGCGGUCGGAGCUGAUGGAGCGCAUGGGGCUGAUGGAGCAAACGGAGCCAAUGGAGCACACGGUGCCAAUGGAGCGAACGGGGCUGAUGGAGCAGUCGGACACGACGGAGCGGUCGGAGCUGAUGGAGCGCACGGCGCAGAUGGAGCGAACGGAGCUGAUGGAGCAAAAGGGGCCAAUGGGGCGCACGGAGCCAAUGGAGCAAACGGGGCCGAUGGGGCAGUUGGACACGACGGAGCAGUCGGGGCUGAUGGAGCGCAUGGAGCCGAUGGAGCAAACGGAGCCAAUGGAGCACACGGUGCCAAUGGAGCGAUCGGGGCUGAUGGUGCAGUCGGACACGACGGAGCGGUCGGAGCAGAUGGAGCGAACGGAGCAGAUGGAGCGAACGGAGCUGAUGGAGCAAAAGGGGCCGAUGGGGCGCACGGAGCCUAUGGAGCAAACGGGGCCGAUGGGGCAGUUGGACACGACGGAGCGGUCGGGGCUGAUGGAGCGCUUGGAGCCGAUGGAGCAAACGGAGCCAAUGGAGCAAACGGUGCCAAUGGAGCGAAUGGGGCUGAUGGUGCAGUCGGACACGACGGAGCGGUCGGAGCAGAUGGAGCGAACGGAGCCGAUGGAGCAAACGGAGCUGAUGGAGCGCAAGGAGCAGCUGGAGCAGACGGGGCCGAUGGAGCGCACGGAGCCGAUGGAGCAAACGGGGCUGAUGGGGCAGUCGGACACGACGGAGCGGUUGGAGCAGAUGGAGCGCUUGGAGCCGAUGGAUCAAACGGAGCCAAUGGAGCGCACGGAGCCGAUGGAGCGAACGGGGCUAAUGGAGCUGUCGGACACGACGGAGCGGUCGGAGCUGAUGGAGCGCACGGAGCAGAUGGAGCGAACGGAGCUGAUGGAGCUAACGGGGCCGAUGGGGCAGUCGGUCACGACGGAGCGGUCGGAGCAGAUGGAGCGAACGGAGCCGAUGGAGCGAACGGAUCCGAUGGAGCGCAAGGAGCAGCCGGAGCAAACGGGGCCGAUGGAGCAAACGGGGCUGAUGGAGCAGUCGGACACGACGGAGCGGUCGGAGCUGAUGGAGCGCACGGAGCAGAUGGAGCGAACGGAGCUGAUGGAGCAAACGGGGCCAAUGGGGCAGUUGGUCACGACGGAGCGGUCGGAGCAGAUGGAGCGAACGGAGCCGAUGGAGCGAACGGAUUCGAUGGAGCGGUCGGAGCCGAUGGAGCCCACGGAGCCGAUGGGACAAACGGGGCUGAUGGAGCAGUUGGACACGACGGAGCGGUCGGAGCUGAUGGAGCUCGGACACGACGGAGCGGUCGGAGCGAAUGGAGCGCACGGAGUAGAUGGAUCAAACGGAGCCGAUGGAGCAGUUGGACACGACGGAGCGGUUGGAGCCGAUGGAGCGCACGGAGCUGAUGGAUCAAACGGAGCCGAUGGAGCAAACGGGGCUGAUGGGGCAGGUGGACACGACGGAGCGGUCGGAGCUGAUGGAUCGAAUGGAGCCGACGGAGCGCACGGAGCCGAUGGAGCGAACGGGGCCGAUGGAGCAGUUGGACACGACGGAGCGGUCGGAGCAGAUGGAUCGCACGGAGCAGAUGGAUCAAAUGGAGCCGAUGGAGCGCGCGGAGCCGAUGGAGCGCACGGAACAGAUGGAUUGAACGGAGCCGAUGGAGCAGUUGGCCACGACGGAGCGGUCGGAGCAGAUGGAGCGCACGGAGCCGAUGGUGCAGUCGGACACGACGGAGCGAAGGGAGCUGAUGGAGCGAAUGGAGCCGAUGGAGCAAACGGGGCCGAUGGAGCAGUUGGACACGACGGAGCGGUCGGAGCCGAUAGAGCGCACGGAGCAGAUGGAGCAAAUGAAGCUGACAAAGCACAUGGAGCUGACGGAGCAGUCGGACACGACGGAGCGGUCGGAGCUGAUGGAGCGCACGGAGCCGAUGGAGCGAACGGAGCCAAUGAAGCGAACGGAGCCGAUGGAGCCAACGGAGCCGAUGGGCCGAACGAGGCCGAUGGAACUGUGGGAGACGAUGGAGCGCGCGGAGGAGAUGAAGCAAAUGGAGCAAACGGAGCCGAUGGAGCAGUUGGACACAAUGGAGCGGUCGGAGUCGAUGAAACAGACGAUGAGAACGAAGCGGUCGGAAACUAUGGAGCCGACAGAGCGACGGCGACACUCUUGGGCUAG